GUCGGGGACUGCAGUAAAUACUGUAGACCAGAGGCGGGGAUUGACCCGCUGUGAACACAUCCCUAAUCCAGUAUUUCAGGUAGUGGUGGCUGCCGCUCACUAGACUCGCUACCGCCGCACAUCAACUCCCGACCCGCCGAUACACCAGCGGCCCCAGACCCCCUCGGACACUCUUUAUGCGCUCAAGUUAUCGCCGAAAUAGUGGCGGCGUAAGACUUAACUCGGGAAGAAAGAAGAAAAAUAGAAUUGGAUAACCUAAAGCUGUUUCUACUUUUUGUGGUCAACUAUAUUUCCGUCGUCACAGACCGCCACCAACGGAUGAUUCCCCCCUCCUCAGGUUUAUUACAGAAUCCAAAGGACAAUCUUGAUCACAACAUUCACUGUGGAUUUAAAACAAACUGAAGGAAGUUUGGUUUAUUCCCCUUUCAAAUGGGCUCCGCUGCUGUAUGGUGCUGAGAGGGACCUGCGCUCACACACACACACACACACACACACACACACACACUCUCGGCAGGACGCCUGGCGGCCAUCUUGAGUCCAUCUCCUGCCUCCCCGCUGCACGCACCUGGAGGGGGCGUGGUCUCUGACAGGCUGAUUUCCCUCAGCCAAUCAGAAUCAGCAGGGCGGCCAUGACCUCAACGCCCCGCAGGACUUUGGCGGCCUCCCAGUUUCAGCUCAGGCAUGUGAACGGACGCCUACAACAACACUAGCACAUCAAAGCCUGCUCUGCUCUCCUGGGACUAUUGACUCUGAGGACCCCACCCCAGCACAUACAAGUCCUCAGAACUCUCCAAAACACCCCCACUCACACACACACACACACACACUCUCUCUCCGUGUGGCAGUGUGAGGCGUAUGCCCGGAGUGUGUCGUGUGUGUGUGGCGAGUGUCUGCGGGUGCCCAUGUGUGCCCAUCUGGGCGCAGCCGCCAGUGGAGUGACGUAGGCCCGUGACCUCCGACCCCGUGGCCAUGGCGUGGGUGAAGUUCUUCCGGCGGCCAGGAGGGGGCGGCCUGGCCAAGUCCUACCAGCCCGGCAGCAUGCUGUCCCUCGCGCCCACCAAGGGGCUGCUCAACGAGCCCGGCCAGAACAGCUGCUUCCUCAACAGCGCUGUGCAGGUGCUGUGGCAGUUGGACAUCUUCAGACGGAGUCUCCGGCAGCUGCCCAACCACGUCUGCCUCGGAGAAUCCUGCAUCUUCUGUGCACUAAAGGGCAUCUUCAGCCAGUUCCAGCACAGCCGUGAGCGGGCGCUGCCCUCUGAUAACCUGCGCCACGCGCUGGCAGAGACCUUCAAGGACGAGCAGCGCUUCCAGCUCGGAGCCAUGGACGACGCCGCAGAGUGCUUCGAGAACAUUCUGGAGCGGAUCCACCUGCACAUCGUGCCGGACGCAGACGUGGACUCCUGCACCUCCACCUCCUGCAUCACUCACCAGAAGUUCGCCAUGACGCUCUACGAACAGUCUGUAUGCCGGAGCUGUGGAGCCUCUUCUGACCCGCUGCCCUUUACUGAGCUGGUCCACUACGUCUCCACCACUGCCCUCUGUCAGCAGGCGUACGAGCGGCGUGAGGAGCGUCUGAGGUCAGACGACAUGUUCGGAGAGCUGCUCCAGGCGGCCAGCACCAUCGGGGACCUGAGGAACUGCCCGAGUAACUGUGGUCAGCGCAUUAAGAUCCGCCGUGUGCUGAUGAACUCACCAGAGAUCGUCACCAUCGGGUUCGUCUGGGACUCGGAGCAGUCGGACCUCACAGAGGACGUCAUACGGGCCCUCGGACCUCACCUCAGCCUCUCAGGGCUGUUCUACCGCGUGACGGACGAGCAGGCCCAGCGUAGCGAGCUGCAGCUGGUGGGGAUGAUCUGCUUCUCCAGCCGACACUACUGCGCCUUCGCCUACCACACCAAGUCCGCCAAGUGGGUCUUCUUCGACGACGCCACCGUCAAAGAGGUGGGUUCACGCUGGAAGGACGUGGUGUCUAAGUGUGUGAAGGGCCACUACCAGCCACUGCUGCUGUUCUACUCCAACCCUGAUGGGAGCGCUGUCACGCCCGAUGACCCGGCCCAGCAGAGACCUCCCAGCACCAGCAACAGCACCGCACGCAACCACCACAAGAAGCCCACCAACGGAGACGCCACAGACGUUCCUCCGCUGAAGAGGCUGGAGCUGACGCGGGAGAACGUGAGCGCGCUCAUCACGGGCCACGGAACCCUGAGGCAGAAGACGCCCAUGUCCCUCUUCAGCCCGCGCAGCAACCAGACCAGCGGGGGCAGAGGACCUGUGAAGAUGGCCAGUGACCCCCAGAGCCGUCUCAGGGAGCUGUCCAGGGAGGUGGCCCAGCGGGCAGGAGAGCUCAGGAAGAAGGACUCGGACCGCUCCGACCGCCCGCACCGCCGCCACGACACACUACGCCACAGAGAUGUGCACCAGGACCGGACGCUGUCGCGCUCGCUGUCCCCUCCGGAGAACGGCUUCCGUCUGGUGGAGCAGCGGCUCUACAGCAGCCAGGGCCGAGGACCGACCCGAGUGGAACGCCUCGCCCACGAGCCGCGCUCACACUCCCACGAGCCGCGCCCGCACACACACGAGCAGCGUCCGCACACACACGAGCAGCGUCCGCACACACACGAGCAGCGCCCGCACACACACUCCAGCGCGCGGCCGCCCCUCACACACUCCGGCGGGGGGACGGGGCACUACAGCCGCAGGGCGGAGCACGCUAACGCUAACGCUAACGGCUACGACACGGACAGCAGCCAGGACUCCCGCGGCGGUCGUCAAGGCGGUCGCCACGCCAACAACCGCGCCUGGCGGCCGAUGCGCGAGGCGCUCAACGUGGACAGCGUGCUGAGCGGUCACCUGACGCCCGCACCUCAGGGCAGCCCGCGGCGACGGCCCUCCAAUCACGACAGGCCCCCGGAGCGCGAGCAGGAGCAGCGGGACGAGCGCACACACACACACACACACACACACACACACACACACACCCCCAAGAGCCUGAUGACCAUCUACGAGGAGGAGCAGCGCAGCGCCGAGCUGGGCAGCCGCAGCUCGCUGGACUCGGACGGACGCGGCUACGGCACACACACACACACACACUCACACACACACUCCCCCCAGGGCCAGAGCAGCCUGCAGGUGCGCAGCGAGGCCUGGAAGAUCCAGCGCACCGAGUCCGGCUACGAGAGCAGCGACCGCCUCAGCAACGGCUCCGCCACGCUGGACUCGCCCGUGGUGGACAGCCUCGGCGCCAAGGACCUGCGGCCAAUCCCUGAGCUCCGCACGCCGCGGGAAGCCCACAGACGCUUUGAGGACUCAAAGGCAGAGAUUCUACAUGCUGCAUUCACCUAUG